UUGGACCGUUCGCAGUACCUCUCCAAUGAUAUAAGCACGACUUCUUCUGGUCAGACAUAUCUGUCGCCUACCGCUAUGUCUCCCACCCAGCUGCAAACCGGCGCGCCUCUUUCCCAGACCCUGCCGCCGUUAUGGCCUCCCACUUCGGCAAUGCAAAACAUCUACGGCAGCCAUCCGCACACACCGCGGACUCCGGGCACCCCAAACACGCCCUGUUCCGCUUCCAACCUGCCUAGCUACCAGCAGCAGACAUCACAGCCUGCCAACUGCGCCGGUCUCUACUUAAUGCCUAAGAGUCAAUACCCGCCUCCUCAGGCCUAUGGAACUUCUGCGCCCAUGAUGCCCCAGGCGACAACCGCCGCAUCGCACCCUCAGCCGAUCGCUCCCGCUCCCGCCGGUGGUCCAGGGCCUCCUGUGCUUCGUCCCAUGCCUCCCGGCGGCAUUAUAUCCCAGCCUGGCGUCUCCUCGCCCUGCGGCCCCAGCUCCCUCAUGCAGCCUACCCACGUCAUAGGCUCCCCGGGACGACGCGGCAUUCUGCCCAGUGCUCCUAGCCGGCCUGCUGCUCCUACUGCUGGCACCGGUGGAACCAGGAACACAGACAUGCCUAUGAAGGACGCUAACGGCAGAUUCCCUUGCCCUCACUGUACUAAGACAUAUCUCCACGCCAAGCACCUCAAGCGCCACCUUCUGCGACACACUGGCGACCGUCCCUACAUGUGUGUCCUUUGCCGCGAUACGUUUUCUCGAAGUAAUAUCCUAAAGCGCCACUUCCAGAAGUAUUCUAUCCGCCGUGGAAACCCCACUGGAGCUAGUCACUUACUCGCCCACGAGGGAGACCUAAACCAUCUCAAUGGCCUAAACAACCUGCCCGGAGACAACAUGGUCCACCCUUUUAGCAUGGUCCCCGUCUCGGACGGCAUAAACAACAUGGCCCAGGACCAGAGCCAGCUCUCUCGAUCCAGCUCGCUCGGCCGCCUUGACAACAGUAACAACGCUGACAGACGCAACAUGAACGGUCAAGUUAUGGGUGCUUCCCAGCCCUACGGCACCGACCCGAACACGAUAAACAACCAGCAGAUGCCUGGCUACAGUAUGCCUCCAGGUCAGAAUGGAAUGCCCAUGUACGGUGGCUCAAACACAAACCAACAAUCUGGCCUUAACUAG